AUGGCGAGGGGGAUGAUCAUUCACUCCUUCAAGAAAGUUUUUGCCAGGCUAUUCUCCCAGAAAGGCCUUCCCGAUCCUCGCAACCACUCGACUUGUAAACACACAACAAAUGCGGGCGCUGAUGAGGCUCGCUCAAGCUCGGAUGCGCUCGAUACACCGCAAGUUUUUUCGGAGACUCAUGCUCUUACGCUAGCAUCUCAGCAAAGCUAUACUCCUCAUCAAAUGGCUCGGACGAGCACAACACCAACAGAAGCGAGAUCCCCUUCCUCGCUCGUGGAAAUAACGGGCGAACCCAACUGCUCCUACUCUGAGCGGUGCUCCUCUGCUACAGAAGUCUUUGUAUCGAAUCAUCGGGUGCAGUCUCAGCAUUCUUCUUCGCGAACUCAAGAGAAGCGAGAACGAAUUGCUCGUCUGCAUCUGGAUCCUUUUCUCCUCAGCCUCCCUGUGUAUCCAGCCGUGCUGACAUUUUCUGAUUGCAGUGAGUCCGUUGAUGGGACAUGCUGCUCGAGCCCAGCUGGACCGCUUUCAACGUGCAGUGUCUUCACUGAGCCGAGAGACACAUCUGCAAUAUCUUUUCAAAGCAUAUUAAAUGGGGACGCGAGCAGGAAUGCAGACGACCGAGAACUCGCAGAAGUGGGAACACUGUUUCAGGAGGAGGACUAUGAAAGGGUAGAUCAUUGCGGAGAUGCUGACGCUGCAAACGCCCAACCGUUUCAGUCCCACCUCGAGCAUGAACCGCUGCUCAUUCAAGUGGACGUGACGACCGCAGCGCAAAUGGCUUGUGUCACGCAUCCAACAACCUCUUGCCAGAAUACUAGGAGGAGGUACAGUAGCGAAUCCAGUAUUUCCGAAGCCUACCCGCACCAGGAAGAAGAUCUGGACGCGGGCUUCCUUCAGUCGAACAGAUACUUACCUGACGCGGCAAACGAUGCAAGCAACGACAGGGGAGACUUUCCCAUGGAAAAAAACGCGGGCCGGGCUUCCCCUGUAGCGCUUGAGCCGCCUAUGAAACGAAUGAAAAGUUACCCACCGGCACAAAUAAAUGAACCGUUUCAGUACGUGAUGGACGAUCUCGACACGUACCCAUGUGGGGUUUCGUUGGCAGCCGCCUUUGCCAGUCAGAGUGCAGGCAAACUACAGGCAGAUUUCUAG